AUGGUUGAUUACUCGAAGUGGGAUAAACUAGACUACGGAGACGAGAGUGAAGAUGAUGGUGAGGACGAUAAAAACGUGCCGCACUUCCCGCAGCAACCGCAGGUGACGAAACUGGACCAACCGACGAGAGUGACGAUUGGAAGCGGCGAAAGCGUCGACUUCAACGUGCUGCCUCCUUCUGCGACUUCGUCCGAAGACAAUCAUCUUUCAAAAGACGAGAAGAUGAUGAGCGAACGCGAGUUCCGUGAGAUGCAAUGGAUCGAGCAAGGUAAACAGUUUGAGCGCGAACAUCCCGGCACGAUAAUGUUUCGAGAACCGCCGUCGUCGUCGAAAGAAGAAGAAGAAGAAAAAGAAAAAGAAGAAGAAAAACACGAAACAAAGACGACGAGUCUCUUUUCCGAAGAAGAAAAAGAGGAAAGAAGGCGAGUAGCCAUCGCACGGAGGAAAGAAAAGUUCACCCGAAACGGCAUUUACGUCAGGAAAAAAAGCAGUCGCGGUACGGAAGAGAACGAAAACAGCGCGGGAGAACUCGAUUACAUGUGGUCGCAAACCUCGAGCGAUGUCACGCUUUCGGUAUUGGCGCCGCUCGGGACAAAGGCCAAAGACGUUCGCGUAGAUGUCACAGAAACUUCUGUUAAAAUCGCACUGUGCAAAGAAGUAGUGUUCGACCGCGAGUGGGAACAUCCGAUUGGAGAAGAAGUGGAAGAAUACGAUGAAGAAGAGGAAUACAACGCCAAUGGCGGCUUGAAGUUUAACGAGUCCGACAAAAGUUUCACGCCGAUUCGACGAAAGCUGACUUACGGCUCCUGGGAAGUUACAGAUUACGACGAGAAUAAUCGCGUGAUCCGAGUAACUGCGCAGAAAAAGAGCGUGGAGUUGAUGCGUCACUGGUGGCAAAAGUGCUUGAAAGACGAAGAGAAUCAUGGAGAAAUGCUAAAGCUUCCGGAUCGAUCGGCGUCUGCGAAGAGUUACGACUCAAAAAAAGUGUGGGAUGACGCGCACGCUGACUUCAAAGCCCAAGUGAAAAACAGAGAAUUAAUCGACGUCGAAGUUGGAAAGUAG